UGAGAUGAUCCACCAAUCACAACGCUCGUUUUAAACGCACCUCGGGCGUCCUGACCAAUAUGAUGUUUACAAAGACGUCCGCAAUUUACCUGUACGCUUCAAUCCGCCUCUUGUUAUAUAUAAAUCUACCGAGAGCAAUGCGCCAUUCAUAGUUUCAGUCUUCACACUGUAAACAUGCCACCCAAAGUUGGAUCUAAAGGUUCUAAGAAAGCUGCCACCAAGGCUAAGGCCCAGAGAACUGGGGACAAGAAGAAGCGCAGGAGGAGGAGGGAAUCCUACGCUAUCUACAUCUACAAAGUCUUGAAACAGGUGCACCCUGACACUGGAGUUUCCAGCAAGGCCAUGAGCAUCAUGAAUUCUUUCGUCAAUGACAUCUUCGAGAGAAUUGCCGCUGAGGCCUCCCGUCUGGCCCACUACAACAAACGCUCAACCAUCACCAGCAGAGAAAUCCAGACUGCAGUCCGCCUUCUCCUGCCAGGUGAAUUGGCCAAGCAUGCUGUCUCUGAAGGUACCAAAGCUGUCACCAAGUACACCAGCAGCAAGUAAACUGCAGGGAUAUGUAGUUGACAUAACCAAACGGCCCUUUUCAGGGCCACACAAUUUUUUCGAAAAGCUACCAUCAUUACAAUACGCAGUUACUGGUACAUUAAAUUUGUG